AUUUAGUUGUCAAGGUUUUUUCGUGUGUGAGAUGAGAUAUUAUUUUUAAAAUUUUUAAACUAAAAUUUUGUGGAAUUUAAGAUCUUCUGAUUAUAUUAAACAUAAAAAUAUGGGUUUAACAGUUAUUGAUUAUUAUGGUAAACAAAUAAGUAAAUGCGGUUAUUGUAAGGGCAUUCAAUGCAGCAUUAGUCACGGUAUGCACACAUACCAGAUGACACCGCAUGACUAUCAGGAUUUAAUUGAUCGAGGCUGGAGACGCAGUGGCCAUUAUUGUUAUAAGCAAGAUAAUAAAAUGACCUGCUGCCCUUGUUACACCAUAAAAUGUGAUGCUUUAGAAUUUAAGUUAACGAAAUCACAUAAAAAAAUAUUAAAACGUAUGACACGUUUUCUACGUGAUGGUAAGAAGGAACGAUCAGAGAUUGGAGGGACACCAACAAUAAACAAUGAGGGCGAAGGUGAUGAAGGUCAGUCAGGAGAAGAUGGCGCCCGAGGUGGCAUUGGAGAUGAAAUUCAUAGACCCAAUAUACCGGUUAAGAAUAUAAAUUUAGAAGCAGCCGGUAAAGCCAACAAAAAUAGACAAAAACGUCUGACAGGCGAGGAGAAAGUUGCAAGAACCCUAUACGAAAAGUCUGAAGCGAAGAGCAAUGAUCCGGCUAAAGACACGGAUAGAUCACAGAACACUUGUGACGGUGUCAAUCUUCCCUGCAAAAAAGCGAAACAAAUGCGUUUAGAACGUAGCCUUGCCAAACAAGCAGCAAAAUGCGUUUCACCUGAAGCAGGAAUGACAAAAACAAGAAAAUGUCCCAAGAAUCCUGAAAAAUCAUUGAGAGAUUUCAUCGAUGAUGUAACUAACGCAGAUAGGCAUAAACUGAGACUUAAUAUAACGCAUGUUAAGAGCAAGCAGUUUGAGGACACAUUAAAGCAAAGCUAUGCGCUCUAUGAAAAAUAUCAAACAUUAAUUCAUAACGAUCGACCCAACAAUGUUCACGACUAUUUGGAAUUCUUGCAGCGAUCGCCAUUAAAGCAUUGCAAAACUGAAGAUGGACCUUCAAUAGGUUUCGGUUCAUUUCAUCAGCAGUAUUGGUUAGAUGAUCAAUUGAUUGCCGUCGCAGUCUUAGAUAUUUUACCGUAUUGUGUCAGUUCUGUUUAUUUUUUCUAUGAUCCUGAUUACAGUUUUCUGUCUUUGGGUACAUACAGUUCAUUGAGGGAAAUCGAAUUAGUCCAACAACUUGCCAGCUCUGUAUCGUCGCUAAGAUAUUAUUAUAUGGGUUUCUAUAUACAUUCCUGUCCAAAAAUGCGCUAUAAGGGUAAAUUGUGUCCUUCAUAUUUGUUGUGUCCAGAAGCCUUCACAUGGCAUUUACUAACGGAUGAGAUACGCUCUAAACUCAAUGCUCAAAAAUAUCAGCGUUUUAAUCCUGAAGUUCUUGCCAAAGAUAUUGAUGAAUUUGUAGAAGCUGACAUCAACAAUGUUUUAUUAUUAGUCGAUCAAAAUACUUGCAUAACUUACAAUGAUUAUAUACAGGUAAGUAUAGCUUUCUUUCUGCUUUAUAUAUUAUCCUUUGAUAUGGAAGCAUUUUCUCUCUUUAAAUAAUUUGUAUAUAUUUUGGGAACAUGUGUUGUUUUUAUUGUUAUAACUAAAAUUUGGCACUUACUUGAUCGCAUUUAGAAAUACACUGCAGGAAAUCUGAAAUUUGCAUAAAACAAGUUUUCGGGGAAUUUCAUUACGAUCUCUUUCUCGCUCGGUCUAUAUUCCUCCUUGUCACUUAUUCAAACGUAUCAACACAAUUGAGAAAGGAGUUAGAAAAGGGGCAGUUCCAUUCUGCCUGACAGCGUAAAUUAGUUUAUAUAAGUUCGUAAGUGAUUCACUCAUGAUGACACUUAAAUUGUUCUUCAUUAUUAUUAUUACUAACUGCGUGGACAAACCGUACCGCGACUUAGAAGAUCUAUUGUAUUCGCCCAUGCCCGUAGCCCUCCAGUUUUGAGACUUUUAUAAAUUUCACCACCUUCCAUGGGUCGGAUCAUCAUACCGUGUCCGUCGGUACGCAAAGCCAAACACAUAGUGUCUGAUUCUGCAGAUGGCCUCACAUUCACUUAGAAUAUGUUGGAACGUCUCCCUCGCCCCUUGGCACAAUCUGCAUGAGUCGACAUCGGACAUACACAUGUUUUUCAGAUGAUACCUGAGGGAAUUAUGACUCAUGUAGAAGCCCGUGAUUAAACGUAGAUCGC